AUGUGCGUGUGUGUAUGUUUACGGUGGAUGGGGGUCUGUGUGCCCAGUACCAAAGCACUUGCAGGGGGCAACAGAAAAGACAGCUGUGUGUUUGAGAGAAACAGAAAACAUAAGAAAGAGAGAGUGGAGGGCCAGCAGGCAUGCCAGUCAAGACGGUCACUUUUAGAGCAGAUGCUGGCAACAGUUUCCUUAGAGCAGCCCGAUCUGGCAACUUGGACAAGGCCUUGGAGCAUAUAAAAAAUGGCAUUGAUAUUAAUACAGCCAAUCAGAAUGGGCUCAAUGGGCUGCAUCUGGCCUCGAAAGAGGGCCACGUUAAAAUGGUGCUGGAGCUACUCCACAAUGGAAUCGUAUUGGAAACCACCACAAAGAAGGGGAACACAGCCCUGCACAUCGCAGCCCUGGCAGGGCAGGAGCAGGUGGUCACGGAGUUGGUUAACUAUGGAGCCAAUGUCAACGCCCAGUCCCAGAAGGGUUUCACUCCACUCUACAUGGCUGCACAAGAAAACCAUCUAGAGGUUGUGAAGUUUCUUUUGGAGAAUGGAGCCAAUCAGAGCAUUCCAACUGAGGAUGGAUUUACUCCACUCGCAGUGGCUCUUCAGCAGGGACAUGAGAAUGUUGUAGCCCUGCUCAUCAACUACGGCACCAAGGGAAAGGUUCGCCUCCCAGCACUGCAUAUUGCAGCACGAAACGAUGACACACGCACAGCUGCAGUGCUUUUGCAGAAUGACCCUAACCCCGAUGUACUCAGCAAGACUGGAUUUACACCCCUCCACAUUGCUGCACACUAUGAAAACUUGAACGUAGCUCAACUGCUGCUCAAUCGUGGAGCAAAUGUCAACUUCACCCCAAAGAACGGCAUUACACCUUUGCACAUUGCUUCCAGACGGGGGAAUGUGAUCAUGGUUCGACUCCUUCUGGACCGAGGGGCACAAAUUGAUGCCAAGACCAAGGAUGAGUUGACUCCUCUCCACUGUGCAGCCAGAAAUGGACAUGUUAGGAUUAUUGAGAUCCUGUUGGACCAUGGAGCCCCCAUCCAGGCAAAGACCAAGAAUGGCCUAUCUCCAAUCCACAUGGCAGCACAGGGAGACCACAUGGACUGCGUCAAGCAGCUUCUGCAGUACAAUGCAGAGAUUGAUGACAUCACACUGGACCACCUUACCCCUUUGCAUGUGGCAGCACACUGCGGACACCAUCGCAUGGCCAAAGUACUGCUGGACAAAGGGGCAAAACCCAACUCAAGGGCUCUGAACGGCUUUACUCCCUUGCAUAUUGCCUGUAAAAAGAACCACAUGCGUGUUAUGGACCUCCUGCUCAAACACUCAGCAUCUUUAGAGGCCGUGACUGAGUCCGGCCUAACCCCACUGCAUGUGGCAUCAUUUAUGGGUCAUCUCAAUAUUGUGAAGAUUCUCCUGCAGAAAGGAGCUUCGCCCAGCGCCUCCAAUGUGAAAGUGGAGACUCCGCUCCAUAUGGCUUCUCGGGCGGGACACGUAGAGGUGGCAGAGUUUUUAUUGCAGAAUGCAGCACCGGUGGAUGCAAAGGCCAAGGAUGACCAGACACCUCUGCACUGUGCUGCUCGGAUGGGCCACAAGGAGCUAGUGAAGCUUCUGUUGGAGCAGAAAGCCAAUCCCAACUCCACCACCACAUCUGGUCACACGCCUUUACACAUCGCUGCCCGGGAAGGUCAUGUGCAAACCGUGCGUAUCCUCCUGGAUAUGGAGGCUCAGCAGACCAAGAUGACUAAGAAAGGGUUCGCUCCUCUUCAUGUGGCCUCCAAAUACGGCAAAGUGGAUGUAGCCGAGUUGUUGCUUGAAAGAGGGGCCAACCCUAAUGCAGCUGGAAAGAAUGGUCUGACUCCACUGCAUGUUGCUGUACAUCACAACAACCUGGAUGUAGUUAACUUACUUGUCAGCAAAGGAGGGUCACCACAUAGUGCUGCCAGGAAUGGCUACACUGCCCUUCAUAUUGCAUCCAAGCAGAACCAGGUGGAGGUGGCCAACAGCCUGCUGCAGUAUGGAGCUUCAGCCAAUGCUGAGUCACUGCAGGGAGUCACACCUCUUCACCUGGCCUCACAGGAGGGCCGACCCGACAUGGUCUCCCUGCUCAUUUCCAAACAGGCCAACGUCAACCUUGGCAACAAGAGUGGAUUAACCCCGCUACACCUGGUGGCACAAGAGGGACAUGUAGGCAUUGCUGAUAUCUUGGUGAAGCAAGAGGCUUCAGUUUAUGCUGCCACGCGAAUGGGUUACACCCCUCUCCAUGUAGCAUGUCACUAUGGAAACAUCAAGAUGGUGAAGUUCCUUCUGCAACAACAGGCCAAUGUUAACAGUAAAACAAGGCUUGGUUACACUCCUCUGCACCAAGCGGCGCAGCAGGGGCACACAGACAUUGUGACAUUGUUGCUUAAACAUGGUGCCCAGCCCAACGAGACCACUACACAUGGUACUUCAGCCCUGGCCAUCGCUAAGAGGUUGGGCUACAUCUCCGUAAUUGAUGUCCUGAAGCUUGUCACUGAGGAGACAGUUUCCAUGACAACCACAGAGAAACAUCGCAUGAGUUUCCCAGAAACUGUGGAUGAGAUUCUAGAUGUGUCUGAGGAUGAAGGAAUUGCACAGCUAACAUUAGGCGAGGAGCUCUUGGGGACAGAAGGGGCCAGGUACAUGAAGAUGGAUGACAUGAAAGACCAUGAUGACGAUUUCCUCUCCCCAAAGAAAUCACUGGAGUACGAGAGAGGGCUGGGCACAGCGAAUUACUCGCCAGCUAUUCCCAGGAUUCCCCGUGUCUCGCCAGAGACUGUUAUCCUAAAAGAACAUGAGAUAGAUCAGCAACACACUCCACUUCCACUACCCAAAGAAUAUGAUGAGGACUCGCUGAUUCCCAGCAGCCCAGCAACUGAGACGUCUGACAAUGUCAGCCCAGUCGCCAGUCCCAUACACACUGGGUUCCUGGUCAGUUUUAUGGUCGAUGCUCGGGGCGGUUCAAUGCGAGGCAGCAGGCAUAAUGGUCUGCGUGUCAUCAUACCUCCACGGACGUGUGCUGCACCCACCCGCAUUACCUGCCGCCUGGUGAAGCCGCAGAAGCUGACCAGCCCCCCUCCACUGGUGGAGGGAGAGGGGCUGGCCAGCAGGAUCAUCUCCCUCGGUCCAGCUGGCAUGCAGUUUCUGGGACCAGUGAUUGUGGAGAUCCCCCAUUUUGCUGCUCUGGGUCGUGGUGACCGAGAACUUGUGGUGCUGAGGAGCGAAAAUGGCUCAGUCUGGAAAGAGCAUCGUAACCGCUAUGGUGAUGAGGUGCUAGAAACAAUCCUGAACGGGAUGGAUGAGGACCUAGAAAGUCAAGAGGAACUCGGGAAGAAGAGAAUCCGCCGCAUCAUCUCCACCGACUUUCCUCUUUACUUUGCUGUUGUGUCAAGAGUCCAACAGGAAAGCGACCUUAUUGGUCCAGAGGGAGGUUCGCUGACAAGUAAACUGGUGCCAUUGGUGCAGGCCACGUUUCCCGAGACAGCAGUUACUAAACGAGUCCGUCUGGGGCUGCAGGCUCAGCCAGUUCCGGAUGAGCUGGUUGCAAAGCUGCUGGGUAAUCAAGCAAACUUUAGCCCCGUGGUCACUGUGGAGCCUCGGCGGCGCAAGUUUCACCGACCCAUCGGGCUUCGUAUCCCCCUGCCCCCGUCCUGGAGGGAGAGCCCUCGAGAUUCGGGGGAGGGCGAUACCACCAGUCUACGUCUGCUCUGCUCUGUCAUAGGUGGUACAGCUCCAGCCCAAUGGGAGGACAUUACUGGCACUACCAAGCUCAUGUACGCUAAUGACUGUGCCAGCUUCACAACCAAUGUUUCAGCACGAUUCUGGCUGGCAGACUGUCCUCGGACAGCUGAGGCAGUUUCCUUUGCCAACCUGCUCUACAGAGAACUGUCAGCUGUACCCUACAUGGCCAAGUUUGUGGUAUUUGCAAAGAUGAAUGAGCUGCGCGAAGGCCGUCUGCGCUGCUACUGUAUGACCGACGACAAGAUGGAUAAAACUCUGGAACAACACGAGAAUUUCACAGAGGUGGCACGCAGCCGAGACAUAGAGGUGAUGGAGGGGAUGCCACUUCACCUGGAGUGUUCAGGGAAUCUUGUGCCAGUGAGGAAGGCCACACAGCAGCCUCGCUGCUUUAGUUUCCAGGCCUUCAGGGAUAACAGACUUCCUGUCUCUGUUAAGGUGAGAGACAGCAGUAAAGAAUCAACUGGAUUUUUAUCCUUCUUGCGCAAAACAACUAAAUAUGAGGAUAGCCAGCACGUGCUCUGCAACCUCAAUAUUACUAUGCCUCCAUGUAUUAAGAUUAUUGGGAGUGAAGACCGGAGGCGAACUCUGACCCCACUGGCUUUAAGAGAACGAUACAGCGCCCUGAAUGAGCCUGCUAUGGCAUCACUGAGCGCCAUGGAAAGGACAGAGCUGAAGAUGGCUGUGAUUGCAGAGCAGCUGGGACUGAGCUGGGCUGAGCUGGCACGUGAACUUCAGCUCAGUGUGGAUGAUAUCAAUAAGAUCCGAGUGGAGAAUCCAAACUCCCUGUUGGAGCAGAGCUCUGCAUUGCUCAACCUGUGGGCCACUCGUGAGGGCAAAAGAGCCAAAAUGGAGAGCUUAUAUACAGCUCUGAAAAAUAUUGAUCGUAUGGACAUCAUCAAUAUGUUGGAGGGCCAACCCCCUCAAAGACAAGGCUCCCGCGAUCUCAGCAGACGCCGACAUAAUGAGAGAGACCACCUUUCCCCUGGUAUUACAAAUGGUUAUGGGUUUGCGCAAGAAGAGCUCCUCUCACCGGCGUCCAUGCAAUACAGCCUGCCCUCCCCGCUGGGUGCUGAGCCUUACUGGCAGGAAGUCUCCAGUAUGGACUGCGCACCCAUUGCCACCACAGAAGAAGACACCCUGAUGGAGAUGUCCGAUGUACAGGUGUGGCCCUCUGGUAACAGUCCCUCUUUGGUGCCUGUGGAGGACUCCUCACUGGAGUGUAGCAAUGCUGAUGACUCAGAAGGUCUGCUGGGAUUGCCAUAUGGAAGUCUGGGCCGGCCGGUCAGUCAGGCCAGCGCAGCCAGUGGAGGGGGUGGGAUGCUGAGUGGCUCUAUUGAGCUGCCAGAAGACGAUUCAGAGAUGGGAGUUGACUCACUCAGCACCACCACACCAGCCUCACUUGGGGGCACCAUUUCUGGGAUCAAUCUUAACGGGAUGAACAAUGGUCAGGGGUCAGAGGCAAGUUCAGAGGCAUCAGCUGUCACAAAUACAACUGGCGGUGACGGAGCUGGAGGAGGAGGAGGAGAAGGCGGGACGGGUUCAGAGGAAGGACUUUCUCUUGUUGCAGGACAGCAAAGGGUGUAUGCUCGGUUGAGUGAGUCACCUGGUCUGAGCUGUGUUGCAGAUCGGAAUGGAGACAGGUCAGGUAAUGUUGGAAACGGAGGUGGUGGAGGCUCUUUCCUUUCCUACCUGCAGGAACAGACAGGCCCAGGGUGGGUCCCCGUCACUGACCCGACUCAGGCUUGGGUAGGGACCCAGUCUAAAUCUAGGCAGGCAGUGGAGACCAUGAUUUCAACAGUGCGUAAUGCUGUGGAUGGAGACCAAUCCCGGGUAUCCCAGGAGGCCUUGCUUCAGCCUGUGAGAGACAUGGGGCAUUCAGAGAUCUUGCGGGGGCACUUCCGAGGUACCCAGCCAUUUGAGAAGGGUUUGGGAUUUCCACACAGGGUGCCAGAGCUGAGAGCCUGGGAUGAUGUGCGCAUAAAGGGCCAGGGCGAUGAGGUUGAAGAUAUUCCUGGGGAGCAAGUAAGCGAGGAACAUUUCACAGAUGAACAUGGAAACAUUGUCACAAAAAAGAUUGUGCGGAAGGUUGUGCGCAGAGGAAAGGGUUCAGAUGAGGAGGUGGUUCAGGAGUUGAGCGUGGAGGGUUCUCUGCAAGAUGCGAACGAGCUGGAGGGUGAUGCUGAGCAGUACAUGAGCUACGCCAUCCUGGGUCGGGACAGCAGCAAGCCCGAUUCUGUGGAUGUGAAGAAAGGUGCUCAGAUAGUGAAAUGUGCCAGUCUGCGGAGAGUUAAGCAGUGAGGCAGACUGAGGGCUGCGUCCCCGCAGAGUUCUCCACAGGAUUCAACCCCUUCACCAAAACCAUCCUACAUGGACACAUGACCAGCAGCAGCUGACAGGAGGAACACCACACCUGAAAAGGCAGACAAAUGGCAAUGAAGACCCCAACACAAUGACAACCACAGUGGCUAUGCCAACAAUCAGCACGCACCAGAAGACAAAGGAUAUAGAUCUACUUGUAGUUUUUAUUAACUUGUUUUGUUUUUUUAAAAGAAACUAUGGGGGGGAAACCACGUACUACUAGGCUAGAAGCAUGAUUUAGUACAAAACAAAAACCAAACAAACAACAAGAAAAAAAAAAACUAGCAACCAAAAUGUGCUUCCUGUUAUCUGUAUCAGCAUGAGUGACUGCUGCCGCAUGGCCUGUCUUUAACUACAAGUACUGAGGUAUUACUGGGGUGGGUAAAAGGGCUGGGAUGGGACAGGCAUGCAAGAUUUGGUCAAACACUGACCCAUUUUUUAAACUAACGGGGAAACGUUUAUCAAUCAGCAUAAGAAUAAAAACAGUUUAAAAAUAAGACUGAAAAACUGAGAAAUACAUCAUAUCUAGGCAACAGGUUGUUUCUCUCCUCCAUGCCACACAAACUGGUUUUACACCCGUCCCAGUGCUCUCUGAGUCCAGUGAAGCUACACUUAUUACCUAAUGAUAUCAGUGUUGUACAUAAUAUUAUAUGCACUGAAAUGCUCUACGUGACUGUGUGUUACGUCUGUUGUUUAUGUUAUACAAUCCCUAUGCGAUGCCGCUGACGCUGCUGUUUCAGGUACAUAAGAAAUUCCUCCUUGUUUUCAUGUUCGGUUUGUUUGUCAGGACCUAUAUAUUAUUCUAUAUAUUCUGAGAUCUUUGUGGGUACAAGAACAUUCAAAUGUUGUGUCGCUCUGCCUGUUUUAAAUGUUGGAUUUAUGUGGUUGUUUCUUUGUGCUUCUCACGUGCUCUCAUCUUUUGCUUUAACAUGUAAAACUGUAGAGGUGAGACAGUGUCAUUUACUGUCCUGCAGGGUUUUUGAGCUUUGAGAGGCAGGUUUACUGCAGAAAACUGCCUCAGCUUUUCUCUCCGAGUGUUUUUACCUUGAGAAGAAGUUGGCGAUUAGAGAUUUAAGUAAGGGAUUAUGAUGAGAGAUUGAACUAAUCUACCAUCCCACUCCUCUGCCUUUUCUUGCCCUCACUGGGCCGAAGUCUUGUGAGAUUUGUGUUUAUAAGAUGUCUGUCUGAACCCUUCAUCUGACAUCCCUGUUCAUCCCCUCAACCCUGCAGUCACUCUCUCAGUAGAUGUAGCAAUCCUGUCCUCCUCCAGCAGGGGGAAGGAUCCCACCUUCAGCCUACAGCUGUGUCCGUUGACCUCAUCAUGCAGUAUUUGACACCAUCACACAAGGUGCACUUAUAAAUCAUCUCUCCAACACCUGAAGAUGUCACUUGAUGAGGUAGCUGAAACGCUGGAAAUAUUGUAGCACUGGUUCGACUGGGCAAAAGAUGAAUUUGUAGGCUGGAGAAUGUCGUGGCAAGGGUCGAGGUCGUGUUGAGCUCUGAUGUUUGUCUCUUUGGCAGUUCUUUGGAGUGUAGCAAAGGCAGUCACCAAUCACUGUGAUGAGAAACUGUAAUACUGACCCGUAACUGUGAGCCUGGCUCGUCCCGAAGCAUGUCUCGUUUUACUCUUUAAUUGAGAGUUUUUCUUUGUCAUGAUUUACUGUCUUAACUGUACUUCAGAAUAAGCAAUAACUGCUUACACAAGGAAAGGGUUGUCUGUGAGCAUGUGACAAAUGAGGGAUCAUAGUUUACGUUCUUCCGAAACUCAGACUUUCAGUCUGUUAAUCACAGCUUUAGACUCCUCCUCACUCUUCUCGGAAAUGAUGUCAGUACAUAAACAUCUCACAUCAAAAAAGAAAAACUAUUGUUUCAUCUAUAUGACAUUACAUCAACCAUCCCAUCUGUGAAGUGGCCCGUGUUUGAUUUUAUUAUUCAUCUGGGAAUGUAGGUGUGUUCAGACGGCUUUGAACCUUUUUUGUUCAGUUUUGAAACCUUAAUUACAUUUAUUUACACCGUGAAAGAAAUCUUGUUUUGUGUGUGUGUGUGUGUGUGUGUAUGUGUCUGAGUGUGCAUGUGUGUAUGAUUUUAAAAUCACAUGUUCAGUCCUGGAUAAUGGGACAUGUCAAAGUUGUUAUAAUAUCACUAGAGGAAAGUAAUACUGGGCAAAGACGAUGUGUGUGUACGUCUAAAUCACAUAUUUUUAAAAGUUGAUUUACCUCAAUAUGUGUGCCAUCUCACAUUAUAUCAAUUAUCUACAUGCAUUUAUUUCAGAUGCUGCAUCAGACAUGAAAUUCUUUAUUAGAAAAAUUUAUAUAAGCCACAACAAUGUUGCAAUAAGCACCCAUCAAUAAGUGUUUAGUAAGGCUUCACAGCCAGAGAUGAUGAAUGUAAAGUCUUGGUAUACUGUGAGUCUUGUUAUGAAGUAGUCAAACAUGUUGGCUCUGUGUUCCAGUAGAUAAUAAGGUAUCUACUCUGUUGUUUCAACUUAAUAUCUGCUGUAAAUUCUCAUAUGAAUGACUUCAUUACUCAUUUCAUCACAAACAUACACAGAGGAGAGUUUUUAAGAGCAAAGCCUCAACAUGGUUAAGAUAUACUGACAAAUAACCUUUCAUCAGAUAUUAUUUCUGUUUUAUUGUCUCACUUAAUAACCGCAAAGGUUAGAUGUCAAUUUAGGGAACUUUUUCUAAUGUAAUGUUUAUUUUUUAUCAAAUAUGUCUAAAUGAAGAGGCAGUGGUGGCAAACUACAGCACCAUGGACAGAUUGGCUUGGAUUUCAGUGAGGAUCAAAUCUAGCGCCAGUCUUGCUAAGUGAUGGAAACUGGUGCUGCAUUUUUAUCCAGCUCACUCAGUUAGCCAUCUCCCUUCAUUUGUACACAGGAAGUGUAAAUAAAAAGAAUAGUGAAAUAAACAUGGCAUUAGGAAAUGAAAACUCCUUAAAUGAAUUAAUUUAACUAUACCAGAUAAUCUCUAUAUUUGUAUUUACCUCAGUAGCUCAUUUUAGGGUUUAUUUUAUAGCCAUGCCUAUUAAUUUCAAAAGCAUAUUUAUUUAGGUAUUUAUUCAAUAUUUGACUGAAAAGGUAUUCUAUACUUUAAGCGUAUAUGGUACUAUUAGCUUGGUUUCUAAAGCAGUGGAUGUUUAUAAAUCAGCUGCUGAUGUCAGAGUUAGUUUGAGGAGAAUCAGAUAAAAUGAAAAAUAAAAAAUAAAAAAUACAAUAAGUGAGAGGAAUUUAUAGUUAGAUGGGAAAUCUGGGGAGGCCAAGUGGUUUCAAGGUGGCAAGCAUUUUUCCUCAACACAGCCCACCCACAAUCUUUUUCUGCCCUCUUACCAAAUAUGAAACUGAGCCAGUUCUAAGGCUUCCACAUGGUGACAGUUUGAAAAUAAAGGAGUCCAAGUGCAAUCAGACGGCCUUGUGGUUUCGUCAGGGAAGUGAAAACUGGAGAGCCAGCACUGAGGGACUACUGAGACGAUGCCAUGCACCAAGUUCAUGCAAAAAUAUUAACUCUUGCAAAAACUAGAGAACACUUGUAUAUUCCUUUAGAAUGGAUUGAAGACAUUAUUAACGCAAUAGCAUAUUACUCGAUACUAAGGAAUGCAAUUGCACACAUGCACAGAAAAUGUUUUUAACAUAAAAGACUAUAUAUAGCUAUACAUAUAUAUAUAUAUAUAUAUAUAUAUACAUACAUAUAUAUAUAUAUAUAAAGUUAUAUAUAUAUAACUAUAUAUAUAAAGUAUAUAAAAAUAUAUAUAUUUACUUAGAAUGCUAUGCACCCUUACUUGUCAACUGGGAUUCUACUUAUGUUAUGGAUGUACUUUUAGCAUCAUACAGCUGUAGCUACCAACAGACUGUUGAGUUCUGGGUAAUGCCUGCAACCUGGGGAUAAAUAGGGGUCUUGUGGGUAUUUUAACUUGUUUUGUUUGCUUUUUUUUAUUGUCAUGGAGAGUCGAACAUAGAUUUAAAAUAUUCAAUGUAAAAAGCCUUUUAAUCCAAAAUCCAAGAACAUCUAUUGACAAUUUACUCUGUACACCAGCUCAACAUUUACAAAAUUAAUAAAGAAAUUAAAUGUC